AUGGGGUUUGUGAGUUUACAUAGGUUUCUGAUAGUGUUUGUGAUUGCCAAAGGGAGUUUUGUUUCCGGCACAUGCCUACACACAGAUAACGUAUGUGAGUUCAGCCUCGUUAUAGAGAAUACCUUAACGAUGAUGCGAGACAAAGACUUACUAUUUCCGUGGAAAGGAAAUAUUUACCGAUACAAUGAAACGAACCCUUCAAAAGCUAAAAGUAUGCCGCUGGAGGGAAUUGUAACAGCCGACGGUCACGAAAUUCCACGUGUGGUAACAUUAGCCAAUGGGAGCUUGCCUGGACCCCCAUUAAUUGUAUACGAGGGACAGAUGGUUGUUGUGAACGUUAUAAAUAAAUUGUCCAGUACUGGUGUGACGAUACACUGGCAUGGUCUGCCACAGAGAGACACUCCCUGGAUGGACGGGGUUGCUUAUGUCACACAAUGUCCUAUCAUGCCUGGACAAAGUUUCCGAUACGAAUUUAAAGCGACACCUAGGGGUACAUUUUGGUAUCAUUCACAUAUAGGAUCCCAACGCAGUAACGGUCUGUUUGGGGCGUUAAUAAUCCGACCACGGACACCUGUUAUGAUUCCGGAACAUAUUCUUACUAUAACAGAUUGGAACCAUGACGACGACUCGGAUCUAACUGAAAUGAAGCAGUUUCAUGGCGAUUACGAAAAACGAAAACCCAUACCAUUCUCAAAAUCGAUUGAUGGUUCCUUUUUCGGUCGUUUACACUUUCAUUCGGGACUUAUAAAUGGCCGCGGUCGCUACUACAACCCGCUUACCAAUGCUCAUAACGAGGCUCCACUAUCGGUUUUCGAUGUAAAAGCAUUGAACUUGUAUAGAUUCCGUAUCAUCAAUACUGGUAUGGUGUAUCCCUUCCGGUUUUCGAUCGACAGUCACACUCUUCUUGUCAUAGCAUCAGAUGGCUAUGACAUUCAACCUGUAGAUGUUGAUGCUUUGAUCGUAUACCCGGGUGAGCGAUAUGAUGUCUUACUGACCACGUCAAACGUGACGGAAAAUUAUUGGAUUCGUGCCGCAACGUUGGAAGCCAACGUCAACCAUAGAGCAGAAGCUAUUUUACGAUAUGUUGGAGCGCCACAUGAUGCAGAUCCGACUACAGUGACCAAGAACUGCUCCAGCUCCAGUCCUUGUAGAAUUCUUAAUUGUCCGGCAGUGAAAAUGCCACCAAAUUUGAACAUGGAAUGUAUUACGUUCAAUAGCAUCAAGUCAUUCAAUCCAAGUCCAUCGGUAAACGUAACGGAGUCACUAUUGGAGCAAACUGAUCCUUCGAAUUCUACAAAAAGAGCUGGUGGUAAUUUCAAGGAAGUUUUCCUCAAUUUUGCUUUCCCGGGAACUUCUUGGAAACCUGGAUCUGUAAACGGAAGGCGUUUUGAAUUUCCAAGUGUUUCCGGUCUGACUCAGAUGGACGAAAUUGACCCUCGUCAGCUGUGUGAGAAUGCCGAUUGUGGACCCGACAAGGUCUGCAGCUGUUUUCACUCUCUAACACUGGAUCAGGAUAACAUAGUGCAAAUGGUUCUGUUAAAUAUGGGCAACGGGCGAGGUUGGGGUCAUCCCAUUCAUAUGCAUGGGCAUUCAUUCCAAGUCCUGAAAACGGGAUUCGCGGUUCAUGAUGAACAUGGACAAAUUUCUGCCGAAAACCCAGACAUAACUUGCCUUGGACAAAAAUUUGGAAAUGACACUUUUUGUAAUUCUGCAAAAUGGACAAAUUCUUCCUGGGAAAACGGAAAUAUUCCCGGUUUGGAACUUCAACGACCUCCGAUAAAAGAUACGAUCAUCGUGCCAUCUGGUGGGUAUGUUGUCAUACGAAUAAGAGCAGACAACCCUGGUUUAUGGAUAAUGCACUGUCAUGUUGAACUGCAUAGCAUUUACGGUAUGGCAUUGGUAAUCAACGAAUCUUACGCCGAUGUUCCUCAAGCGCCACCUGGUUUCCCAGAAUGCAGAAGUUUUUCAUCUUCUGCACUGACUUCCGGCAUUCGUCACAAAAGGUCGGCAUCAUAUUUGAUUUCUGACAACAUGCGUCUGUCGGAACUGCAAAAUACACUACCAGAUGUGGUGGACAGACAGACGCUCGUGUGGACAGCCGUCGUUUUCGGUAGUAUAUGUCUAUUCCAGUCUGUUAUCUUAAUUCUCAUGUGCAUGAGAGCAAAUCCAAAGUCGAUGAAAAAAUGGACAUGA